UUUGACUCACGGGCAUUGACAGAAAAUUUAUUUCUUAUGGCGCUGCCUAGACGUAUAGCCAAAGAGACACAACGGUUGUUACAGGAUCCAGUUCCGGGUAUCAGUGCAAUUCCAGAUGAGGCUAAUGCUCGAUACUUUCAUGUUAUUAUUGCAGGACCAGAUUCGAGUCCUUUUGCAGGUGGUGUUUUCAAAUUGGAACUGUUUUUACCAGAAGAAUAUCCUAUGGCCGCUCCCAAAGUGCGCUUCAUGACAAAGAUUUAUCAUCCAAAUAUUGACAAGCUUGGCCGGAUUUGUCUCGACAUUCUUAAAGACAAAUGGUCACCAGCUUUGCAAAUUCGUACUGUUCUCCUUUCUAUACAAGCUUUGCUUUCAGCACCAAAUCCUGAUGAUCCGCUAGCUGCCGAUGUUGCCGAGCAAUGGAAAAACAAUGAAGUAGAGGCUAUUCACACAGCUCAGCAAUGGACAAAACUUUAUGCAAAUGGAAGUAAUUAA